AUGCACAAAGUUUCCAAUUUUUUAUGUUGUUUAUUUCUUUAUACCUUAUUCGUACCAAUAAUCACUCCUACAAUUUUCUAUCGGUCAUGCCACAAACCUCGUUUCUUUGACUCAUCCUCUAACUCCAUUAAUCAAGGUCACUUUGAAGAACGUAACAACCUUGGAAAUUAUGAGCGUUGUUAUCGCGGAAAGGGAUGUCAUAAUAAUAAUUGCAAUCAUAAUGGAAAAAGAUGUAAUUGUAAUGAUUAUGAAGGGUUUAAAGAAUCUGAUGACUGUGGAAAUUCCAAAGAAUGUGAUGAUUUAAGUUUUGUUAAUUGUGGAGAUGAACAUGAUGUAGUUGAUAUUGAUGUUAAUAUACCACCUUAUGAAGAUAUGGAAAUUGGAAGUAUAAGAAUAUCGCGUCCGGGUAGAAAUCGUCCAUUCUUUUGUCCUCCAACCAAACCAACUUCAUGUGAUUAUUUGAAUUAA